UCAACCUUAUGGUGUUUUUACGGACUUGUUAGGAACUCCAUAAACUCCUUUAGCCUGUUAUAUGGUACCAAUUCCUACCGCUGUUGCGGACGAUAACGAACAAGUUCUAGUGACAAGGAAAGAAUGGAGUUCAGCUCCUCCAAUCUCAGAAAAAGAAGGAAUCCCUCUAAAGUAUCCGAUACCUGCUGUAAUCUUCACUUACACAGAAACUGACGUGUGUAAUGAAAGGAAAGAUUGUAAGAUAGCGUUGAAUGAGUUGCAAAGGAAAUACAAGAAAGAUGGCCUCUAUGAUCUACCAUGGAAUUUCGUAGUUGGAGGGGACGGUACGGUAUAUGAGGCUCGAGGUUGGAAGAGACAGCCUGAACCUCAUCCUGAAUUUCCAGAGUGGGCCGGAAAAAGUUUGGAAAUUGCUCAUUUUGGAUCCACAGUUUCAGGUGUUCCACCUAACGAUGAACAAAUGGUCGCUUCUUGGUACAUUGUCAACGAUGGAACAAACAAAGAUUAUAUAAAACCUCUUCCGAUCAGAAGAACGCUCUUUUACACAUUUCCCAUGAAAAUAACAGUGCUCAAGAGACCGAUUGUGCGUCAUGAUGAAGGUCACCGUUUUGUUGUGUAG